AAUUUCAACAAAGGAACUAUUUACUUUGUUUCACAUUUCGAUACGAGCAUGAUACUUUUACUCGUAGGUGGACCCAACGCAGAACCAGAUCGGCGAUAACAUAGAAACUGUUCAAUGGACGUUUAGGCUGUAUUUGGACAUGUUUCUGUUACAUUUAUUUCCAAACGAUAAAUACUCUCUAUUGUAAAUGUUAAACUUCUCUGCUCUCCUCCACUCUCAUCUACUCUUGUCUCAUCUGCUCUUUAUUCUGUCGUCGCCCUUCUCCCUCAUUUGCUUGUGCUUUUUCUAUGUCUUGUAUGAUUAUGCGAAAAUAGACUUUUAAGCAUGUUUGGCGUAAACCACAUUUAUUUGGUUGUGAGACCAUCCAAACCAGUGUUUUUUCUGUGCAUACCAUGUUUCGACAGCGAACCAUCACUUUCCCCUAAAGUCGUUCCAUUUGGCCUCCACAGCAUUGACAAUAAAGAUAAGAGUUUGUGUGUGUAGGCUACCUCUGCCAUCCCACUUAAUGCCCCUGCUUGUGUAAAACAACCGCUAGGGUCUGCCGAGAUGAUGUCCACCACGGCUCGCGAGGUGAAGGAGGCAGCCCGCCGAGCCGAGGCGGUCUCGAGCCUUUCAGUCUGAUCCAGGCGCCAAAAAAACAACAUUGUGUUGUGUGUUAGUCCAGCCGCAUUAGUCUCCGAGACAUGCUACAACCCCAUGCACGCUGUGGCCCACAAAUGUUGUAGAAUCAACAGUCGCCGGUCGCUAUUAAGGCUUACAGAGCCACCAGAAAGAUGACAGCGAGGAAAGGUGUUUUUCAACCGCUGUCCGGCUCACGCGCCCCGGAGAGCAAAGCAGCGAUUGAACGGUUCACGGAUAAUAACACCGUGUGGUCUUAUCCCUCUCCGGCACAGGACCCGGAGAGGGAAUCCGCGUUUGCGGCCGGGAUCCACGCGAACGUCGUGGGGGUGGCGGUCGCCGGCUCUGGAGCAGCGGACGAGUCCUCAGACAGCGAGGCUGAGCAGGAAGGACCUCAGAAACUCAUCCGGAAGGUCUCCACCUCCGGCCAGAUUCGAAGCAAGACCAGUAUAAAGGAAGGCCUCUUGCUGAAGCAGACCAGCUCCUUCCAGCGGUGGAAGAAACGCUACUUCAAGCUAAGAGGACGGACCCUUUACUAUGCCAAAGAUGCCAAGUCCCUCAUCUUCGACGAGGUGGACCUAUCGGAUGCCAGCGUUGCAGAGUCCAGCACAAAGAAUGUCAACAACAGCUUCACGGUGAUCACCCCGUUCCGCAGGCUCAUCCUCUGCGCGGAGAACAGGAAAGAGAUGGAGGACUGGAUUAGCUCGCUGAAGUCGGUCCAGUCCCGGGAGCAUUACGAGACGGCACAGUUCAACGUGGAACAUUUCUCAGGGAUGCACAACUGGUACGCUUGCUCCCACGCACGGCCCACCUUCUGUAACGUCUGCAGGGACAGCCUGUCCGGGGUCACCUCCCACGGCCUGUCCUGCGAAGUUUGUAAAUUUAAAGCCCACAAACGUUGUGCUGUACGUGCCACCAAUAACUGCAAAUGGACGACCCUCGCCUCAAUAGGGAAGGAUAUCAUUGAGGACGAAGAUGGGAUCGCAAUGCCCCAUCAGUGGCUGGAAGGCAACCUGCCUGUCAGUGCCAAGUGUGCUGUGUGUGACAAGACGUGUGGGAGCGUCUUGAGGCUUCAGGACUGGCGCUGCCUCUGGUGUAAAGCCAUGGUCCACACAGCGUGCACGGAUCUGUACCCGCGCAAAUGUCCCCUGGGCCAGUGUAAGGUCUCCAUCAUCCCACCCACCGCACUCAACAGUAUCGACUCUGAUGGCUUCUGGAAGGCCACCUGUCCCCCGUCCUGUGCCAGCCCCCUGCUGGUGUUUGUCAACUCCAAGAGCGGAGACAACCAGGGGGUGAAGUUCUUGCGCCGCUUCAAGCAGCUCCUCAACCCCGCCCAAGUCUUCGACCUGGUCAAUGGUGGGCCACACCUGGGUCUGCGUCUGUUCCAGAAGUUUGAUAACUUCAGGAUACUGGUGUGUGGCGGGGACGGCAGUGUGGGAUGGGUGCUCUCUGAGAUUGACAAGCUGAACCUCCACAAACAGUGCCAGCUGGGCGUGCUCCCCCUGGGCACGGGGAACGACCUGGCGCGGGUGCUGGGCUGGGGCCCGUCCUGCGACGACGACACCCAGCUGCCCCAGAUCCUGGAGAAGCUGGAGCGGGCCAGCACCAAGAUGCUGGACCGCUGGAGCAUCAUGACCUACGAGAUCAAGAUCCCGCCCAAACACAGCUGCCCCACCACACCGGAGGGGGUGGACGACUGCCAGCUUCACAUAUCAGCCUAUGAGGACUCAGUUGCUGCCCAUCUCACCAAGAUCCUCAACUCAGACCAGCACUCUGUGGUCAUCUCCUCUGCCAAGAUCCUGUGUGAGACGGUGAAGGACUUUGUUGCCAAAGUGGGCAAAGCCUAUGAGAAAACUGUGGACAACACAGAUGAGUGUGACAGCAUGUCCCUCAAAUGUUCCAUCCUGAACGAGAAGCUGGACUCCCUGCUCCAGACCCUGAACGGCGAGAGCCAGUCCCGGCUGCCCCCACUGCCCCACUCCACCCCGCCCAUCGUGGAGGAGGAGCGGGAGGACGACGACGACGACGAUGACGACGACGACGACGGAGGAGGAGUGGAGGAGGAGGUGAGCGAGGAGAGCCUGACGGAGCUCAAGGGGAAGCUGGAAGAGGAGGAGACGGAGAAGGGCGGACGGGGAGUUGGAGGACGGGGAGGUCGAGGAAGAGGAGGAGCGAGCCUCUUCAAGAGCAAAGAGCAGCUGAUGCUGAGGGCCAACAGUCUGAAGAAGGCCAUCCGCCAGAUCAUCCUGCAGGCGGAGAAAGUGGUGGACGAGCAGAACGCCCACACGGACGACACCGACCUGUCCUCGCCCCUGGACCUCCGCAAGGACAGCGAGGAGGAGAACCGCGACAGCGAGAAGGACGAGGACACCAAGGAGCUGGAGAUGCUGUCUUCUGCUAAGAGCCCGUGCUCCCCAACGGAGAGGAGGGUGAGCCGCAGCACCCAGUCCUGUGGCUCCUUCUCCAUCACACCCUUCACCACCAGCAAGGAGAACCUGCCUGUACUCAACACGCGCAUCAUCUGCCCUGGUCUGAGGGCCGGUCUGGCCGCCUCCAUAGCCGGCAGCUCCAUCAUCAGUAAGAUGCUGUUGGCUAACAUCGACCCGUUUGGAGCCACACCCUUCAUCGACCCUGACCUAGACUCGCUGGAGGGUUACAUGGAGAAGUGUGUGAUGAACAACUACUUCGGCAUAGGACUGGAUGCUAAAAUCUCCCUGGAGUUCAACAACAAACGAGAAGAGCACCCAGAAAAAUGCAGGAGUCGCACUAAGAAUAUGAUGUGGUACGGGGUCCUGGGCACCAAGGAGCUGCUGCAGAGAACCUACAAGAACCUGGAGCAGAAGGUCCAGCUGGAGUGUGACGGCCAGUACAUCCCCCUGCCCAGCCUCCAGGGUAUUGCUGUGCUGAACAUCCCCAGCUACGCCGGCGGGACCAACUUCUGGGGCGGGACCAAGGAGGAUGACAUCUUCUGCGCCCCGUCCUUCGACGAUAAGAUCCUGGAGGUGGUGGCCGUGUUCGGCAGCAUGCAAAUGGCCGUGUCCCGCGUGAUCAAGCUGCAGCACCACCGCAUAGCACAGUGUCGCACGGUAAAGAUCACCAUCCUGGGCGACGAGGGAGUUCCCAUCCAGGUGGACGGAGAGGCCUGGAUCCAGCCUCCCGGCGUCAUCAAGAUCCAGCACAAGAACCGCGCCCAGAUGCUCACCCGGGACAGGGCCUUUGAGAACACGCUCAAGUCCUGGGAGGACAAGCUGAAGUACGACAAGGGCCCUCUGCGGCCCCACCUCUACCCCCAGCAGUCUGUGGACCUGGCCACCGAGGAGGAGGUGGCCAUGGUGCAGAUGUGCGCCCGCGCAGCCGAAGAGCUCAUCACCAGGAUUUGUGAGGCGGCCAAGACCAACGGGAUGCUGGAGCAGGAGCUGGCGCACGCCGUCAACGCCUCGUCGCACGCCAUCAACAAGACCCACCCCAAGUUCCCCGAGAGCCUGACCAGGAACACGGCCAUCGAGGUGGCCAGCACUGUCAAGGCCCUCCACAACGAGACAGAGUCCCUGCUGGUGGGCAGGGUCUCCCUGCAACUGGAGCCGCCAGAGGAGGAGCUGCUGUCCGGAGCCCUGCAGAGCGUGGAGCUGGAGCUGGGCAAGCUGGGGGAGAUCCCCUGGCUCUACCAUAUCCUGCAGCCCAACGACGAGGAGGUUGACUGUGCUUGUGUGUCAGGAUCACUCUCUGGAGUAUGGCAAGAGGAACAGCCGCAGCAGCAUGUUCCGCAUUGUGCCCAAGUUCAAGAAGGAGAAGGCCGCCAAGAAGACCAGUCCACAGUCAGUGGAGAGGUGGGGUACAGAGGACGUGGGCGUCUGGCUGGAGCAGCUGAGCCUGGGGGAGUACCGGGACAUCUUCACCCGCCACGACAUCCGCGGCUCCGAGCUGCUGCACCUGGAGCGCAGGGACCUGAAGGAUCUGGGGAUAUCGAAAGUGGGUCAUAUGAAGAGAAUCCUCCAGGGAACUAAAGACCUGGCCAAAUCCGCCAUGGUUGACCUCUGACCUCUGGAAGCGGAUGCCACACCUGCAGAGAGGGAAGAAUGAACCUCCCCACCCCCCUUUUGUCAGGAAGGGUUUUGAUCGGAGCGCCGUCGUGGAGCAUCUGUUGAAAUGCUCGGUUUUCCCGGGGAACAGGACUCAAAUUGUUUAUGCCUCAAGUCUGGGGGAGGGGGGAGGUAAGGAGAGUAGAAUACCCUGUGAGUUGGGACUGAUGCAUGUGACAUCCAGAGUUUAGUGUGUAGUGUAAGCUUUGUGCCAAAAGAAAGGAAAAGCGAAUUGAAGAAAGUAGA